AUGUUUGCGAGCUAUGUGCCUGAGAUAGCGGAUCUAAUUGGAUCGAGACAAAAAUACGGAGGUGAAUACAAAGGCGAACAUGGCAAAAAACAUAUAGUGGUAUGUGGUUACAUAACAUACGAAUCAGUUAGCCAUUUUUUGCAAGAUUUCCUUCACGAGGAUCGAGAAGAUGUUGAUGUUGAAGUAGUGUUCUUACAUAGAGUACCGCCGGACCUGGAAUUAGAAGGGCUUUUCAAACGGCAUUUCACCAAGGUCGAAUUUUUCACCGGGACGGUUAUGGAUUCAAUUGAUCUUUCUCGUGUGAAGGUUGAUGAAGCGGACGCAUGUUUGGUACUUGCUAAUAAAUACAGCAGUGAUCCGGAUGCCGAGGAUGCUGCUAACAUCAUGCGCGUUAUUUCCAUCAAAAACUACAGCUCGGACAUACGCGUCAUCGUGCAACUCAUGCAAUAUCACAACAAGGCAUGUGCUUUGGCUUUUGUUUUUUCACAGUAA